AUGAUUGAGCAGAAUGCUUCUGAGAGUUAUCUCGCUUCAUUCUACGGGAUGGAUAAUUUGUACCCACAAGAAUUGGGCGAUGUUUGGAAACCAGUGAACACCUCACCACUGGGAGGACAACUAGUUGUAGAUGACAUAGUAAACUUAACAGUCGACCAGCAGUUCGAUGAAUUGAAUAAAUUAGUCUGUGGAGGUAGUACCGAUGCCAAUGCUUCCAAUGGCGCAGGAAAAUUCACUGACUUUGAGGAUCCCCUUGGAUAUCCGAGAAUGGUGGACACAUUGGUAUCCAAGAAAAUUGUGCAAGGAAAGCAAGAUCCAAAGUUGUAUCAAUUUUUGGUCUCUUCGAAAGAGUUCCAACCUCAACAAUAUUUAACUCAAGUCCACCAAGAUUCAUCUGUGAAUGACUUGGUACGCUCUUUGAAGUAUUUGGAAAAGAAUAUUGAAAGUCAGACGACAGAAUUGCGUCAGGUUAUCGACCAGAACUAUUUGAAGUUUGCUGACUGUAAGAAGAGUAUAGACGACUUGUUAGUGGAAUUCAAAAAAACCAAAACACAGGCACAAAGAGAAAGAGAUAACACUAAAGUUUUCAACCCCACAAGAAACAGGAAGAGACAGAGUGCGUUGGUGCAGGGAACUGGUACCACACUUGCAACUAACCCUUCAAGUUCUGACUCCGUUUCGCUAAGCGCUGAUUUGGAUGAGGGUUUGAAGAAUUUGAUCACCACUACCGAUCUUAUGAUCAAACCAAUAAUAGACCACAAGAACAAGGAAGUCAAGUUGAAUAAGUUGAUUGAGUUUAUUAACGCAAAUAAAUUUUUCUUUGACUUGCCUAGUAGGAUGAUUGAAUACUUGAAGACCCAUAACCAUGAACAAUUGAUAGAAGAAUACCACAGGUACUUGAAGAAACGUAUAGAACUUGACGCUGAAAAUGCAAACUUGAAAUCAAACGGAAGCAGUGCGGACCUAGACACCCUUUUAGCCAAUACAGCCUUGAUUAAGACGUUCAAAGAGGUGGAAAACAUUAUCGAUGAAUACCGUAAAAAGACCUAUAAAGAGCUUCUUACAAUUGACCACGAAGCCAGUAGUGGUAGAAGUAUGUUCAGAAAUGCUAAUAAUGCGAAAUUCAUAUCUCUAGUGGAUAAGUUAUACCAACUUAACCCAAGUAGUGUGAGUGGUGGCUCAACAGAGAAUCCAAUCUAUGAAUUCUUGACCUUGCAAUUGGACGGACUCAAGAAAGAGCUCAAAUAUCAAUUGGAGAAAUUUGAAAGAAAAUUUUCCAUGAUGCAAAGGAAACUCUUGGAUUAUUUGAAUAGUUUGAAGAGCUAUAGAGAAGGGGGCAGUAACAUUCUGUAUAUUAGCGAGAAGUACAGUGGUGUAGAAGAUUUUUUGAAAAGUAGUUCAAUAACUAGUACUUCAGCAACUGGUUCUAAGGGAUCUGGAAUAGACGACUCGUUGAUUCUUGAAAUAUUUGAUACUAAUGAUAACUUGGAUAUAUCUAUUAUUAAUGAAACUUGGUUGGUGCUUUUCAACUUUAUAAGCUACCUUGACGAUCUGUUCAUGAAGAAAAUGAUUAAAUUCAUUAACAAUUAUAUCCAUUACAAUACUCAAGGCAACAAUUCAUUUCCUCCAAUUGACGCAGAUGGAUCUAUUCGUGAAUCUUAUAUUAAGUUUAUGGUUUCUGUCACUAAUAAAUUGGUGAACAUCUUCAACGAUCCUAACAACCAACCAACCACAAAUUUGAUUGAAAGCAGUCCUAAAAACUAUUCAUCCUUUGUACCAAACCAUUCGAACUCACUUUCCACCAUAUAUUACCUUUCAAAUAUAUCAAGAUGCAUAAAUCAUGUUUUGACUAAAAUUGGUAAGUCAAUAAACUCCAUUGGUAAAGGGAGCGACACGAAUGCCAUCGUGAAAAACUUAAGAAAUUCAUCAUCAACAAUAAACCAAAGGAUCAUUGAAGCAGUUUGUGCUGUUUGGGUAAAUGACUGUUCGCAAUUUUAUGAUCUUGAAAGUUGGGAAAUGCAAAAGCAAACGGGAUUGGGUGAAGGAGUCAGCUAUACGAAGACAGUGAGCAUAAUGGAGAGUUAUGAAAGCUAUGUCUUAACCAAGGUAGCCAGGCUAGUAUUUAUGAGGGAUGAUCAAGGUAAAAGUUAUGACGAAAGAGAUGAAAUAAUACCCGAUGGUAUCCCUGGUGAAUCUGUAAGAAUUGUUUCAGCACAUCCUUCUAAACGUAUCCUUGUCAGUAUUGAAAUACAAUUCAUGAGGUCAUUGAAGGUACUUAUAGACUCUAUUCUUAAGCGGUACUCAAUUGAGAAAGAAAACUCAGAAUUUGGUCUUUACAAAGUGUUGACGAUGAAUAAUUUUGAUGAACUUUCCAGGUUGACAUAUCCCAAAUUAAUUGCGAAGUUUGAUAAGGUGUUUUCCAAUAAUUUGGGAGAUCAAAAUUUGAAGCUCUACGCUGAUAUUGAUAAAGCAAGUUUGACUAUCUUGGAAGAUAUACUUAUUAGGGAGAAGAAGCUUGUGGAUGAGCUAGUAACUAAGCAUUUCACUCAAACCAUAUACCUUACCAGCAAAUCUAAAGAUAUCUGUGUUGAUGGCUUCGUAUAUAACGUUUUGGUGCAUUUUGUGAAGUUAGUUCAUACAAUCAAGCCUUUAACAGGAGGAGAUAUUUUUAUUACGAUAAUCAAUGAAUUGCAGACAUACUUCCUCAAGAUAAUUAUUGAAAACAUGAGAAAUGUCCCUCACGAUGAACACUACUUGCCAAUGAUUGGCAAUUUAAGACUUAGUGUUAAUUUUUUCGUUGAAGUUUUCGCUCAAAGUAAUGCUUUGAAUUUGAAUGAGUAUUGUAUUAAGUUGGUAGAGAUUAUAUUUGGAGAAAUUGAUGAAGCAGGGAAUCCGCUGUACUCAGAGAGAGAGUUUGACUUGGUUUUAGCAAGGAAUCUAAAAGAAUCUGAAAACGAAUUUGAUUCACUUUACUGA